GAUGCAUAUGAAACAAGAUCCUGGAAACUGAGAAACCAGUUUCCCCCCCGUGAAAAGUAACUUAUCUGAACAGAUGACAAGAAGAAUGAAGCUCUUUUGUGGCCUGAUUUGGACUCUUUUCCAAGUUUGUUGGAUGCUGGAAGGCCCUGAAAGAGUGACCGCACCCCUUGGUGGCUCACUGUCUGUCCAGUGUACAUAUGGAAAGGACGAUAAAGGAUCUGUCAAAUACUGGUGCAAAGAAGCAAGCAAAGAAGCAAGACUAUGUUCUAGUAACCAUACUGUCCGCACAAUGGGGACGGAGGCAGAGGUGAAGUGGAAUACAAUGUCCAUUAAAGACAACCACACAUUUCAUAAAUUCAGUGUGACCAUGGAGAACCUCACAAAAGGAGAUGCUGGGAUAUAUCUCUGUGGGGUGGAGAGAGAAUAUGACAUCUGGCACCCAGUGGAAGUUAUCGUUACUACAGAUCUUAUUUCCUCAUUCAAUUCUGGAAACAUGGAACAAGCAACAGAAGAACCAGAUGGAUCUCCCAUAGUUCCUGAAAGAAUCCAGCCCAGCAACAAUGAUUUUCUGCUCCUGGUCAUUUUGAAAAUUCCCAUCUUCCUAGCUAUGACAGCUGUUGUGGUUUGGGUACAUAUAUGGUACAGGAGGACAAGAAACUCUGGCACCAAGACUUUAGAGCUUCAAGAAGAGCUUCAAGCAGUCACAUCAAAGGCUGAUGAAGCAUCUCUUCCUUAGCCUAGAAAUGGAUCAAGAUAUGAACACUAUCCUCCCAAGCUUCCAAGCACAGAAGCUGUAAAACUACCUGAUGGAUGGAGCUGCCCUUUCAUUGACUGACUUACAAAGCAGAAGCCUUUGGCCUAAAAUCCACUAUGGAAUUGAGCCAACAUAAGAGGGAAGCAAAGCUGCUCAUUGUAAUUCUCCUUCAUCAAAGUUGAGCAAAAACAUCUUAAAAUAUUGAACAGCUUGGCUAUGCUGCUAGUUGACCCCAGAGGCCAGCUCAACUCUGAAUUGUUCCUGUUCCAGGCAAUCCGGCCUUUUUGAAGAACGGUCAGGCACACAGCUGCCUCCUAGCCUGCCAUCCAGCUGAUACUCCCUCCUUGGAUCUCAAAGCCAACCUGCCUUUCUAUGAUGUAACCCCUUUUUUCUUCCUUGCGGUUGGCCCUUCCUUCACUACUAGUCCACUUGCCAAGUUGUGACAACAGAAAAUUAGCCAGUUAAAAGGACACACACACACAUACAUGCCUCAUGCCCUGGGGAAGGCAAAUCAUAGAUCGCAUCCUGGCCGAUCAGUGAGACAUGCAAAAAUUCCUUCCUCGACAGAGACCUGAGAAGUCAGGGCAAGGGGUACAAACAAAAACCAAGUAUGUGGCUCGACCUAACUGAGAACCAUAAGUGCAGACCUGUAGGGGUGGACCCAGGUUUAAACAGCUCAGCUUCCAGGACUUUUUGGCCAUCUGCUUUGCUGACACAUCCAGACCCUGUGUCUGCUCCUCAGCUUCAAGCACCACCAGUUGCCCCCACCUGGUGAGCGACAUUGCUUAGGCAAAGGCCCUUCUCUGCAUUUACAAAGCUCUUUAAACAAAUGCCAUUUCACUGUACCAUUAACAAGCCAGGGACGCCCUUCCUGCAGCAGUAACAAUACUGAAAUAUCUAUCCUUCCUUUUCCAGACUCAUUCUUUUCUAGCCUAUAAAAGUACCAAUAAAUUUAAAAUGAUAUUCUGCCAAUAUCAAAGUUGACCUGAAUGUCUUUUUCCUUCUGAUGAUCCUUCCAAAUUUUGUUACAGGUUUCCUUCAUAAAUACACAUGUAUUUAAAAACACACACCCCUCCUCCUUGUUGAUUUAAACCAGAGCAGAUGCUCCAUAUCCAUAUGUGUAUGUAAUGCAAGCUUAUAUCUGUUACUUUAAAACUAGAA